UUUACAGCAGCGGUGUCAGGACAGCGGUGCCAGGACAGGGGUGUCAGGACAGCGGCGGCAGCAGUAGCUGCCGGACGGUGUGAGGGCGAGGGGCCAUGGCCCUUGCUCUCCGCCUCUUCCUCCUCCUCCUCCUGGCAGUGGCCCUGCACGCCAGGGCUGCCCAGGCUGCUCCGGUGCCAGCGCGGGGAGCAGAUGACAACACUGGGAAUGCUUCCCCAUUAGACUGGCUGCGUAAAGUUUUGCAGCCCUUGCAGCCUCCUGCAGGGGUGUCUGCAGGGAGGACUUUUCCAGCUCCUUUUCUGGUUCCUCGGCCCAAACUCCUCUCACAUGGCAGAGGUCCUCCAAGAGGCAAGAGCCAACGUCCAGGAGAGAAAAAGACCCAUGAGAACACUGGGAAUGCUUCUCCAUUGGAUUGGCUGCGUAAAGUUUUGGGGCCCUUGCAGCCUCCUGAAAGGGUGUCUGCAGGGAGGACUUUUCCAGCUCCUUUUCUGGUUGCUCCGCCCAAACCAGCCUCACAUGGCAGAGGUCCUCCAAGAGGCAAGAGCCAACCUCCAGGAGAGAAAAAGACCCAUGAGUCAAAUGAAGUUCUGAAAGAAAUUUUGAAGGAACUUCAGAAAGGGCAAGAGAUGGACCAAGGGGCUCUGUGGCAGGCGGCGUUCCCCAAAGGAAGCAGUGGCUCCGUGCCAGGCUCUGCUGAGGGCAGGGAGGCGAUGCCAGGCACGGGCACACGGGAUCAUGACUUGGAUUACCUGCAAGUUCUUGUGGAUGAUGCUUUGAGUUUCCUGGAGCAACCUGGAGGGGUGUCUGCGGGGAAGACUUUUCCAGCUCCUCUGCUGGUUCCUUUGCACAAGCGCAAUUCACAUGGCAAGGGUCCUCUGAAAGGCAGGAGUGAAGCUGAAGGAGACAAAGAAUUUCUUGAAUCAAAUGAAAUCCUGAGAGAAAUUGUGAAGGAACUGAUGAGAGGGCGAGAGAUGGACCAAGGGGCUCUGUGGCAGGCGGCGUUCCCCAAAGGAAGCAGUGGCUCCGUGCCAGGCUCUGCUGCGGGCAGGGAGGCGAUGCCAGGCACGGGCACACGGGAUGAGGGUGCUGGGAAUGCGUCGCCAUUGGAUUGGCUGCAUGAAGUUUUGGAGCCCGUGCAACCUCCGGCAGGGGUGUCUGCAGGGAGGACUUUUCCAGCUCCUCUACUGCUUGUUCCAUACAAGCUAAACUCACAUCAUAGGGGUCCUCCAGGAGGCAAGAGCCAACCUCAAGGUGCAAAGAAAUCCCAGGAGCCAUCUGAAGGCAUGAGGCAGAUGCUGAAGGGAGUGCUGCAGGGAGGGCCUGAGAUGGACCAAGAGGCUGUUCAGAAGUCAGUGUUCCCCAAAGGAAGCAGUGGCUCCAUGCCAGGCUCUGCUGAGGGCAGGGAGGCGAUGCCAGGCACGGGCACACGGGAUGAGGGUGCUGGGAAUGCUUCUCCAUUGGAUUGGCUGCAUGAUGUUUUGGGGCCCUUGAUGUCCCCUGCAGGCGUAUCUGCAGGGAAGACUUUUCCAGCUCCUCUGCUGGUUGUUCCACACAAGCCCAGCUCACAUGGCAGGGGUCCUCCAAGAGGCAAGAACCAACCUCCAGAUGCAGCCAGUGCCACAACACGUGCUCCCAAGAUCCAGAAGAGUGCAGGAAGAGAUUUCUGUCGAGGAACACGCUGUUUGAUUGUGAUAAUGGCAAGCAUGUUGGGUGGGUUGCUUGCCAUCAUGUCAUGCUGUGCUGGAAUCUGGUACUGGAGGGUGAGAAAACGGCAAGAGAGCAGCCUUGCUCCUGCUCCAGAGCAGCCAAACACCUCGGGCAGGAAGAGCAGGACCUCUCACCCUCACUCUUUGUACCCUUGCUCAGCUGCGUUGCCACGGCUGCAGCACCUGCUUUUUGAUGUCAAGGUCCAGCUGCCACCAAAACGUUCCUCUCUGCCUCUAAACCCACUGAUCGCACCCUAUGACGCGGACUGAAGUUGGUCCUUUCCUGCCCACCCCUUUUGUUCAAAUAAAGAUAGAUUCAGCAUCA